AUGAAGUACGACAGAUUUGGCCAGCAGCUUCGGCAGAGCCUUAUCAAGGACUACUAUUGGCACUAUAUAGCCUACGAUGAGCUCAAGGAGGCUCUCAAGACACCCUUUGUGAACGGCCGAGACGGCGAGCGACAGCCGUGGACCGACGACGAUGAGGCUGCUUUCAUCAGGCAGCUCGAGUCUGAGCUGGACAAGGUCUUCAGUUUCCAGAAGCUCAAGAGCUCAGAGAUUGUCGGCAGGAUAAAAGCCAGCGAACAGGAGGUCAAGCAGGUGCUCUCGAGGCAGGAGGAUCAGAACAGGUCAGAUGAGACCGAUACAGAUCUGGAGGAAGAUUUUGAGCUGCUCGAGGCCGAUUUGAGCGAUGUCAUUGCGGACGUCCACGACCUCGCCAAGUACACACAGCUCAACUAUACCGGCUUCCAGAAGAUCAUCAAGAAACACGACAAGCAGACCAAUAUCUACCUCCGGCCCACCUUCUCCACCCGACUGAAAGCGAAGCCCUUCUUUCAGGACAACUAUGAUCAAUUCGUGGUCAAGCUGUCCAAACUGUAUGAUCUUGUUCGGACGAGAGGCAAUCCCGUCAAGGGCGACAGCGCCGCAGGAGGCGGCCAGCAGAACUUCGUGCGACAGACGACCAAAUACUGGGUCCAUCCAGACAACAUCACAGAACUGAAGCUCAUCAUUCUCAAGCAUCUUCCCGUCUUGGUUUUUAACUCCAACAAAGAGUUCGAGGAGAGAGAUACUGCCAUAUCCUCCAUCUACUGUGACAACACCGAUACCUGGGAACUGUACAUGGGUCGUCUAAAGAAGACCGAAGGUGCCGAGGCUAUUCGUCUGAGAUGGUAUGGUGGUAUGGAGAACGAAACAAUUUUCGUAGAGCGCAAAACUCAUCGGGAGGACUGGACUGGCGAGAAAUCAGUGAAAGCUCGCUUUACGUUGAAAGAGAAGAAUGUCAAUGCCUUCCUGGCCGGCAAGAUGACGGUGGACGAAGCAUUUGCCAAGAUGCGUAAAGAAGGCAAGAAAAGCGAAAAGGAAAUCGAAGACCUGGCUCAGCUCGCCAGAGAGAUACAGUAUCGCGUUGUGACGAGAAAGCUGGUCCCAGUGACUCGGUCGUUCUACCACAGAACCGCUUUUCAGUUACCAGGAGACGCUCGCGUGCGUAUCUCGCUUGACACAGAGCUCACAAUGACGAGAGAAGACAACUUGGAUGGACGAGAUCGCGCGGGCAAGAACUGGCGCCGCAUGGACAUCGGUAUUGACUGGCCAUUUUCACAGCUACCCGAAGGGGACGUGGAACUGUUCCCAUACGCUGUCCUGGAGGUGAAGCUGCAGACCGCCGCAGGUCAAGAUCCUCCACAGUGGAUCCGUGACCUGACUGCAAGUCAUCUUGUUGAGGCAGUGCCGAAGUUCUCAAAGUUCAUUCAUGGGACUGCUACCAUGUUCCCCCAGCGAAUCAACCUACUGCCAUUCUGGAUGCCUCAGAUGGGUGUUGAUAUCAGGAAGCCGAUCACCCACAAAUUUGGCAUCGAAAGACCAGCCAAUCUUGGUUCUUAUUCGACGACUGAGAUUGACGAAGACGAAAUCGACUCAGACGAGGAACCAGACGUGCUUGGUAAUGAUGAGUAUGAGGACGAUGGCGAAGACGAUGAGCAAACAAGGCAGCUGAAAGCAGCCCAGCGUGCACUAAACGAGCACCGUCGAGCCCAGGAGGAAGAUGGCGAUGAUGAUGACACCCUCCGUCCCAAUGGCUACACCAACGGCAUGUCUGCACCCGAGGACUACCUGUACGACUCAGACGAAGAAGAGGAAGACAAGCUGGAGGAAGCCAAACGAUCCGGGUCUUGGAAAUACUACCCUCUUCUUGUGCAAAGGCAUGCACAACUCGGUGGCAACGCUAUCAUGAAUGCUUUCAAGCAGAUCCCGACCAAAACAUCACUGCCUGCGAAUAACAAUCAGCUGACACAAAUGGUUGGCCAAGUCCAGGCUCGUCGAUGGAAAGCACCUCCAGGUAAGCGAAUUCACGUUCCUGUACGUGUCGAGCCGAAGGUCUACUUCGCUGCCGAGAGAACGUUCCUAUCAUGGCUGGAGUUUAGCAUCAUCAUCGGCUCAAUUGCUGCGACGUUGCUGAACUUUGGCGACAACAUUUCGCUUCUGUCGGCAUGGGCAUUUACCUUGGUCGCUAUCGCCGCUCUGGUUUACUCGGUGGUCAUAUAUGCCUUGCGUGUGCAGAUGAUCAGGAACAGACGCGCCAACAUCAAUCGCUAUUACGAUAAAUGGGGCACAUCUGCUCUGUGCGCGGGAUUGCAUCCGUGUGCAAACUGCACAAAAUCAAACGUUGAAUGCAUAUUCCGCAUACCUUCUGCCCCACGGCGGAAGAAGAAGCGGCCAACGGAAGACAUUCUGCUCGAACGGCUAAAACGAGCAGAAGACUUGCUCCGUAGUAAAGGUAUUGCGACAGAGUCCCAGGAGGCCCCUGCGGAUCUCACUCGUUCCUCGACGGCGGAGAAUCCAGGAAGCCUCGACGCUUUUGCACGACAAGCCUCGACGGACAGCGGUGAUGCGGACGACAAGCCAGUGGACAAGUCGUUUGGCUUUCACGGUCACCAGGCCAGCUUUCUGGCCCGAGGCCCGUACACUAGUGGCAAGCUUAUACAGUCCGCGCACGGACGGUCGCGCUUCGUAGACAACAAUCUAUGGACCUCUGUCUCGGAUGAACUACAUCGCGACACCAUCGCGAACGAGGACUCUGACGACUCCGAUGAAGGAAGCCUCGGCGACGACAGCGGAGAUAUGGUGCUUGGGAUCACUCCGAGCAGUAACAGUGGUAUCGCACAUCUUCACCCGCCAGCCGAGGUGCUCUUUAAAUUGUGGCAGAUCUUCCUGGAAAACGUCAAUCCAAUGACUAAGAUCAUUCACCGCCCCACACUGGAGAAACAACUGAUAAAAGCGAGCCAGGACUUUGAUCUCGUACCUAAAGGGCUCGAGUGUCUCAUGUUCGCGAUCUACACAUGCGCCAUAGGUAGCAUGAGCGAAGAUGAUUGUGAAACGACAUUUGGCGAGCACCGAGAUGUGCUCUUCAAACGCUACAGGAUAGGAUGUAGAAAAGCUUUGGCGCGGGCCAAGUUCCUCGGAACUGGAGACCUCAUGGUUUGCCAGGCCUUUGUCCUAUACAUUACCAUUAUGCGCGAGACACUGGACGCUCGUACAGUAUGGACGCUAUCCGGUGUUGCAAACCGAAUAGCGCAAGGCCUUGGUCUGCAUCGGGAUGGCUCAGAACUGGGUCUCUCCGUAUUCGACACGGAGCUGCGUCGCCGACUGUGGUGGCAACUCAUAAUUCUUGACUUCCGCUCGGCAGAACUCACUGGAAGUGGCCGUUUUGGCGAUUUCUGGAGUGAUACUCACACGCCGUCUAACGUUGACGAUGUCGAUGUCUGGCCGAACAUCACAGAGCAAGAGUUCACUGAUCGGAUGGCAGCGAAGGGCGAGAAACGAGCUACCGAAAUGAUUGGCUGUCUACUUAGGUGCGAAUUCGGCGCUUUCUGGAAGGAGAAGCUGAUAGAGCGCUCCCGGACUGAUCCGUCGUUGAUGCGAGGCAAUUUGUUCGGCGGCAAGGCUCCCUCGCCUUGGGAUGUCAGUCUCGAAGAACGCGAAGCAACCAUUACAGAACUCGAGCGCCGACUCGAGGACAAGUUCUUGCGAUACUGCGACGUCAACAAUCCCCUGCAGUUUCUGACCUCAAUUAUCGGACGUGGUGCAAUGGCCUCGAUGCGGCUGAUGGCACACCAUCCACGACGUUAUGCGAGUGAAGCUGAUAUUCCGGCAACAGAGCACGCCCUGCUUUGGAAAUUGUCACUCAAACUUCUGGAAUCUGAUGGCUUGAUACAUAGCACCAAGGCUUUGCAGCGAUUCAUGUGGCACUCCAAUAAAUCGAUCGGGGAGGACGUUGACAAUGCUUGGCGCAAAAUCGAAGAGACCUACCACCACCAUCCGGCCUUUAUAGUCGAAUUUCGCAAACCUCUGCACGCUGCAGUCGGCUCGUUGGUUCUGAAAGCAUGGGACGCUCGAGUGCGUGGCAGGGCGGAGGCGUCAGAAAGCGGCGAUACCCAAUUGCCCCUUUCAACACCAGACUUCAUCGCCAUGCUGCGAGAGCAGCGAGUGGCGCCGACGAAACGGAAGUCGACAGGCGGUGGUGGCACUCUCUCGAAACAGAGCUCGACGGGCGGCCACGAGGCGGGCUUCAUGCAGCCGCCUGGCUUUGUACCCGGCAUGGUGAGCCGAGCUACGAACCUGCCAAUCCUAACGCCAACAUCCAGCUCCGGUAAUGUGAGUAAUGGCUGGGGUGCUUCGCCCCAGCAAGAAUUGUACACCGGCGGCAUGCAAAAUCGUCCUCCCAGCGACACAUUCAAUGGAGUAAUCGCCCGUAUGCCUUUCAACAUGUCCGGCAUCGCAGGCACAUGGGAGGCCAACACUGAUCCCUCCAAUCUGAAUGCUAAUCAACAGCGACCAGCAAAUACGACCGGUGACUCCUUCAAUAGCACAACCACAAAUAUGACAGCUGGCAAUCAUUUCGCCUUCUCGGACGGCCAGCAAACCCAAGAUCCAAACGUGGGAAUGGUCAUGUCCGGAUUCUUUGGUUCUGGGUUUAGUGAUCCUAAUGCGCCAAUAAACAUGGGCGGUCGUAUGGGCAACACACCUUUCGGUAGCGGCGGCAUUGGGACAAGCGGAGAUGUCCUGAUGGGUGACAUGGACUGGAAUCAAUGGGACUACCUGAUUUCAGAUUACGACGUUAUGCACAGUGUGCCCGGAUAUGGCGGCGGCGGCAACAAUGGAUGA